CAAAGCAACAAUCAAUGAUUUCCUUUCCAUUGCUGAUGACACGGCUGCAGGAGCAACUGGUCAGCUGGAACUUCUCUCUACAGCAAUAAUGGAUGGUUGGAUGGCUGGACUUGGUGCUGCCCAGCCUCCGACUACCGAUGCUCUUGGACAGCUGUUAUCUGAAUAUGCCAGAUGUCUUUAUACUUCACAGCUGCAACAUUUGAAGGAUAUUGCUGGUACUUUGGCGACUGAAGCAGCGGAAGACUCUGCUCAAGUAGCUAAGCUACGUUCAGCUCUUGAAUCUGUUGAUCACAAGAGAAGAAAGAUUUUACAACAAAUGAAAAAUGACACAGAGAUGUUAAAUUUAGAAAGUGGCGCUGCACCUAUUCGGAGUCCUUCCACUUCUGCUGAAGAUGCAAGGCUAGUGUCAUUAAUCUCCCUCGACAGCAUACUGAAGCAAGUCAAGAUGUCGCAGAUGCUUCAACUUUUCUGUCAUUCAUCAUGA